AUGAACGAUGGUCAUGUCUCUGUCGCCGGAUCCGACGAUCUGAAAUCUCCGCUCCUACCGGUCGUACAUAAUGACAAACCACUCGAAGCACAAACUGUGGGGCAACAUCUCCGGACAAUAUUCACGCCGAAGAAUUGUUACAUCGCUCUUGGUCCUCUUCUUUGCGCCGUCGUGUGUCUAUGCGCAAGCCUCGGCGAAGAUGACACAACAACGGCGAGGAACAUGCUCGGCGUUCUUGUUUGGAUGUUUGCGUGGUGGUUGACGGAGGCUGUUCCGAUGCCGAUAACCUCCAUGUCGCCGCUUUUCCUAUUCCCUCUGUUCGGAAUAUCGGCGGCGGAUGACGUGGCAAGUUCUUACAUGGAUGACGUCAUCGCCCUCGUCCUCGGAAGCUUCAUCCUAGCUCUCGCUGUCGAACACUACAACAUCCAUCGCCGACUCGCCCUUAACAUAACGUCGGUGUUCUGCGUGGAGCCGCUAAACGCACCGCUUCUACUGCUUGGCAUCUGCGCCACAACAGCGUUCGUGAGCAUGUGGAUGCACAACGUGGCGGCUGCAGUCAUGAUGAUGCCAGUCGCCACAGGGAUACUUCAGAGACUUCCCUCUUCGUCGUCAUCGUCGUCAGAAGUGGUGGAUCCGGUGGUCGGAAAGUUUUGUAGAGCAGUGGUUCUCGGUGUGAUAUAUUCGGCGGCAGUAGGUGGAAUGAGCACACUGACAGGAACAGGUGUGAAUCUGAUACUUGUCGGAAUGUGGAAAAGCUAUUUCCCGGAGGCUGAUCCAAUCAGUUUCAGCCAAUGGUUUUUCUUCGGUUUCCCAUUGGCACUGUCCAUAUUCGUGGUUCUUUGGGGUAUUCUAUGCGUAUUGUAUUGUCCUAAAGGAUCAGGGAAAGCUCUCUCGCCUUAUCUCCAUAAAUCUCAUCUCAGGACAGAGCUUGAGACGUUAGGACCAAUGAGUUUCGCUGAGAAGAUGGUCUUAACCGUGUUUGGUGGGUUGGUUGUGCUGUGGAUGACAAGAAAUAUAACCGACGAUAUCCCCGGCUGGGGUAGGAUCUUUAACGGCCGGGCCGGGGAUGGAACGGUCAGUGUGAUGAUGGCUACGCUCUUGUUCAUAAUCCCAAACAAUAUUAAAAAAGGAGAGAAGCUAAUGGAUUGGGGAAAAUGCAAGAAAAUCCCAUGGAACAUAGUCUUGUUAUUGGGAGCUGGAUUCGCUAUAGCCGAUGGAGUACGGACCAGUGGUUUAGCUCAAGUGUUGUCCAAGGGACUGGUCUUUCUUGAAACAGCUCCUUAUUGGGCCAUUGCUCCAACCGUUUGCCUCAUCGCUGCUACUAUCACUGAGUUCACUUCAAAUAACGCAACCACUACAUUGUUGAUUCCGUUACUCAUUGAGAUUGCAAAGACAAUGAAAAUCCAUCCUUUGCUUCUGAUGGUGCCAGGUGCCAUUGGGGCCCAGUUCGCUUUCUUGCUCCCCACGGGAACUCCUUCUAACGUCGUUGGGUUCACUACGGGGCAUAUCGAGAUCAAGGACAUGAUCAAGACAGGCUUGCCUCUCAAGAUCGCCGGAACCGCCUUUCUUGCCGUUUUGAUGCCCACUCUUGGGGCUUACGUUUUUGCAUCAAUGGGAGGAGUUUAG